UCGUCUUCUUCCCGAUCCCUUGAAAAGGGCUUUUCUUCAUCUCUCUCUCUUCAAUCUGCGUCCUCUCUCUCUCGCUCUGUUUCUCUGCAUCGUUUUGUUUAGUUCAAAUUCAAUAGCUUGAGAUAUCUCUGAGAAAAGAAAGAAAGAAAAAUGGAGUCAAAUCAGAGACGAAAGAGCGGGAUUAAUCUCCCACCUAAAAUGUCGGAAACCACAUUGCGUCUCCAAUCUCCCACUCUUCGAACACCCACAAAUUUACUUCAAUCCCCUCGUACAAUGUCUCCUCGAACAAUCUCCAAUUUAUCCCCUUCCCCCUCUUCAAAAUCAUCAUCAGCCUGUAGCGACAGAUUCAUCCCUUGCAGAUCAUCUUCAAGGCUACACACUUUCGGUCUGAUUGAUAAAACAUCACCAGCCAAAGAAGGGGGUGGAGGAGGAGGAGGAGCAAACGAGGCGUAUACCAGGUUACUUAGAACUGAACUCUUUGGAUCUGAUUUCGGUUCUUCAUCUCCUGCAGGUGGUAGAUCUCCUAUGAGUCCAAAUCCGAACAUGUUACGGUUCAAGACAGACGUUUCAGGACCUAGUUCACCAUAUUCACCAUCUUUAUUAGGUAACGAAAAUGGGUAUUAUAAUUCAGCCGAAUCAACUCCACCAAAACCACCUAGAAAGGUCCCUAAAACACCUCAUAAGGUUCUUGAUGCUCCAUCUCUUCAAGAUGACUUUUAUUUGAACCUUGUUGAUUGGUCUUCACAAAAUGUAUUAGCUGUUGGAUUGGGUACAUGUGUUUACUUAUGGACAGCCACAACAAGCAAAGUUACAAAAUUAUGCGACUUGGGACCUAAUGAUAGUGUUUGCUCUGUGCAAUGGACAAGAGAAGGAUCGUACAUAUCAAUUGGCACAAGUCUGGGUCAAGUGCAGGUUUGGGAUGUGAGUGAAUGCAAGAAGAUUAGAAGCAUGGGUGGACAUCAAAGUAGAACAGGGGUUCUAGCAUGGAGCUCAAGGAUAUUAUCUUCAGGUGGUAGAGACAGAAACAUUCUUCAUCAUGAUCUUCGAGUACCUAAUGAUUUUAUAAGCAAACUAACUGGACAUAAAUCUGAGGUAUGUGGAUUGAAAUGGUCAUAUGAUGAUCGAGAGCUUGCAUCUGGAGGGAAUGAUAAUCAGCUUCUGGUUUGGAACCUGCAAUCACAACAGCCGGUUCUAAAACUAACAGAGCAUACAGCUGCUGUUAAGGCCAUAACUUGGUCUCCCCAUCAAUCUAGUCUUCUGGCUUCGGGUGGUGGAACAGCUGAUCGAUCAAUUCGGUUUUGGAAUACUUCAAAUGGAAAUCAAGUCAACUGUAUUGACACAGGAAGUCAGGUAUGCAAUUUGGCAUGGAGUAAGAAUGUAAAUGAGCUUGUAAGCACACAUGGGUAUUCACAGAAUCAAAUCAUGGUGUGGAAAUAUCCAUCAUUAAACAAGGUUGCAACUUUAACUGGUCACAGUUUGAGAGUACUUUAUCUUGCAAUGUCACCUGAUGGACAGACAAUAGUGACUGGGGCAGGAGAUGAGACACUGCGGUUUUGGAAUGUUUUUCCAUCAGUUAAAAAAUCGGCGGCUGUUAAGGACACAGGACUCUGGUCAUUGGGAAGAUCUCAUAUUCGAUGAUUUGUUUUCAGAUUCUUCUUCUUCCUCUUCGUGUAUAUUCAGAUUCAUUUUACCAUAUCUAUUUUCUUCUUCUUGUUGUUGUACACUCCAUACACACAUAAACAGAUAGUAUUAUUUUCAUGUCAAUAAAAGAUAUUCAUGUUUUUGGGAUUUUCUAUCA